GCCAAGGGGUGGGGACGUUCAUCCCCGUGCGCUUGUCUCCUGUUUUCUGCUGGACCCGGAGUCCCGCAAGAUGAGCAUCUUGAGCUAUUCUUGGGCCAGGAUACAUGCUGACACAGGGUACGUACGUUCCCUGACCCUAAGUGUUGAAGCUUGACCCUCUUCGAGACGAAACUCUUCCCGAACCAACGGACAGGUAACCCAUCGUCUUGGGCCUCCAACAGGACGUUCAUAGGAGGUUCUCGUGGGCCUUCUGGGGACGUUCAUAGAAGGCCUUUAUGGGUUGAUGGGUCGGCCCAUGUUGGGCCAUUAACCCAACACAAGUCCCCCACUUCCGAUGUUCUGAACGUGUGCGGGACAUAAGGAAGUAAAAACGAUCCCUCCGUAUCGCCCUAAACCGAUGUCCCUGACGUGACGGUUGCCUUUCUUGCUGCUGUUCAUGGGCUCUUGGUGACGGUUAUGCAGGCCGGUUCAACUUUCGAUGAAAAGGUAAUCAUUACGCGCCUGUCUGUUUCCACACGGCACGUGCCCAUGGGUACGCUCCUCGCCACGUGUCGUAUGUGGGUUGGACAGUGGAGGUGUAUCCUCCUAUAAAUCUGGGCCUUCUUAAGGGAUUAGGGUUAUACAUUCCUGUGUUUGCUCCCCCUUUGCUUUCGGUGUUCUUCUGCAAGUGUUAUUUGGUUCCCUGCUCCGCUUAACUUUCACAACUCAUAAGGUAAUCGAACUUGCUCUCUUCUUCCCUUCGCCUUUAACUCUCGUCAUGGUCUGCUAUAUGGACAUAUCUUCUGAGUCGGGUUCCGGGUCGGGUUCCUCUACCGGCUCAUCCUCUGGUUCGGACUCUAGGUCCCGCUCCUCGGGGGAGAUGGGUACCUCUGGUCAUUCCAGCGCUUCCACCGUGGUGGGGCGUAUUGCGGCGAACCUAGCUGUUCCUGGGGUGCAGGAGGCGGUGCCGAUAUGGACGUUGUUACUGGAGGUGAUCAGAUGGUGGUGGUCCAACUAAAUGUCCCCCGUCACAUUAUGUUGUUUCACAACGUUGCCGGGAUCGAGCAGUCCUUCUCGUGCAGGGCCUUAAAAGAGCUGCAGGUCCUCCUUCCCCCGCCGUUCAUCUACAGCCUCCGUGGUGCAGAUAACCUCUUCAGGAAACGUCUGGGGAUGAUCAUGGUGCACAUGGAUUCUAUCAAGGCCGGAGUACGCUUCCCCCUGCAUCAAUUUUAUCUUGAUUUCUUCCGUUGCUUUAACGUUGCCCCAGCACAAUUUAUGCCAAACUCGUAUCGGUUUAUCUCCGCGUUCAUUGUCCGCUGCCAGGCCAAGGGGUUGGCUCCGAGGCUAGAUCUCUUCCACUACUUUUUUCAGGUUGCUCCCCAGAAUGUAGACGGAUUUCUGAGCGUGGCCGCCCGUCCUUGCCAGAAGCUUUUUAGUGGUGCUCCGACCUCUAUUCACGAUUGGAAGAACUGUUUCUCUUCCUUCGUUAUUCGGACGACCGGCUUCCUGUGAGGUGGAAUGGGUUCCCCCCGAAGAUCAAACAGCCGGCGUUGACCGUCGAACUGGAGGAUAGGUACUUUCCAGGCUUGAAGACUUGAAGGGUCUUCUGACAAUCCAGGCACUUUCCGACACAGGGAUAGGUACCGCCCGCAAUCCCUUGAUUAACAUUCGCUCGUGGUUAUCUUGUGGGCCCGGGCGGUCCAGUCCCUGAGGUGUGUGCCCUUGAGAUUUGCACCGCCCAGUGUUGUCAAAAGCGCUCGCUUCUGCGCUUAAGCGCACAAAGCGCAGCGACGCAGACCCCUAGCGCCUGAGUAAGGAAGAAGCGCACAACCCUGGGCAAGGCGCAGCAUAAGCGCUAGAAGCGCACGAAGCGCGGAAGCGCUAUAGGCGCGCGCCUCAGUCGCCUGAAACGGAAAAGGCUGACAGCCCUUUUUUAGUUUAAAACUGAAAAAAAAGCCCAUAUCUUAAUAGUCCUCAGCCCAUGAAAACAAUAGGUUAAAGUAAGUUUAACCUACGUAAAACUAAGCUUAAUAGUACCGUUAGUACGUAAAAACCGCUAUACUCAAGCUGCUCUACACCAGCCGGUUCUUUCAGCUCUCCUCGCUUUCCUCACUCUGUCACUCUAUACUCAAGCUGCUCUACACCAGCCGGUUCUUUCAGCUUCAUCAUCUCAAGCAUACGCAGCUCUCCAUCGUAGCAGUAAACAAGGUAUAUCUUCUUUUUCAUGCAGUCUCAUAUCUUCUUUUUCAACAAGGUAAUACUCAUAGUAUUCUGCUUUUUUAUUUUUUAGUAUAUUACUAUGUAUUAUGUAUAUAAUACUCAUACUGUCAUAGUACUUUGCCUUGUAAUAUACAUAUAUAGUACUCUACAUUAUAUAUACAUACUAAUAUACAUACUAAUAUACAUACUAAUAUACAUACUAAAGUUUUUUAUUUUUUAGUAUAUUACUAUGUAUUAUGUAUAUAAUACUCAUACUGUCAUAGUACUCUGCCUUGUAAUAUACAUAUAUAGUACUCUACAUUGUAUAUACAUACUAAUAUACAUACUAAUAUACAUACUAAUAUAGUACUCUACCUUGUAAUAUACAUACUAAUAUACAUACUAAAGUUAUAUGUUCUUAUAUGUUCUUAACUUUAUAUAUCAAACUGAUUCCAUAAAGUUUAUGUAUCACUGACUCACUGUAUCAGUUAACCAACUGAUUAUAUAUGUACUAAAGAUAUAUAUCUUAACUUUAUAUGUACUAAUUACUAAAGAUAUAUGUACUGUGUACAUAUUAAAGUUAUAUGUGCUAAUGUACUAAAGAGUAAAGAUGUAUGUUCUUAACUUUAUAUAUCAAACUGAUUCCAUAUAGUAACUUUAUGUAUCAAUUAACAAACUGAUUCCAUUAUAUAUGUACUAAAGAUAUAUGUACUCAUUCCAGCUUUGAUCUUUUCUAGGAUAUGGAAGGUGGAACAAGUUCUGUGGGUGGUGCUGAAAGUGAAAACUCUACAAAAAAUGACCCAGCUUGGAAACACAACUACUUAGUUAACAAAAAAGAUCCUAAAUCAGCUUUGAUGCAUUUGGUUCAAUAUGAUGUUACAUACAUCGUAUUUGGUAUUUAUAGAAUAGUAUAUGUGACUUUAUAUAAGUAAUGCGCUUCACCCGAGUCAAGCGAGCGCUUUUUUGCGCUUUGCGCCUCAAGCGCUGGAAGACUCCUAGCGCUUCAGGUGCGCCUUACGCCUUUGACAACCUUGGCACCGCCCGGUUCUAAUAUUCUUGUUUCUUGUUCUAGGUCCCCCUCCCACUCAAGAACAGAUGGUGGAUGUUGUCAUGAUGGCUCGUCGCGAAGCCAAGGCGGUCAAGAAGCGGGCUACAGCGGCAAGGGCCCGGGGGGGCACUCAAUCUUUUGAGGCCAAUUCUUCUGCUGCGUCCCAGGGUGAUAAACGCGUUGGGGAAGCCGAGCAGCAGCUCAUUGCAGCUGUGACUGGGCAGGGCUCGGAGGUCCCCAAUGUUGAAGCUGGCUCGGUCUUGGAUGUGGAGCCGGUGGGUGUCGCCCCUCCCGCAGAUAGGGAGAAGGCCAGGGGGAAAAAGCCGAAAAGGCAACGCACUGAGCCUUCAGGCCCAAAGGCUCCUGAUGCCGCACUGCCCUCCCUGGGUUGUCUGGCCCCUGAAGUCUGGAGAGACAUGGCUUUCGAGUUGGGGUGGAGCUACCAACCUGUUCGUCGGUUGAGGCUGUUGCCUGUUGGCCAAGCUAUGGCGCAGAUUCUCGCGGUAUGGCUCUAUCCUUCCAUGCUCAUCAUUUAUUUUUAUUUUUUUUGAAUCAUGUCCUGCCGUUCGUCCCCUUAUGAUUCCCCAUUCCCCCCUCUCAGGUUGGAUGGAGCCUAUUGCAGGCGGAGGCCGCUCAGGAGUAGGACGCUGCCGAGACCAAAAUGAGAGUUGAUGAGGCUCUGAGGGAGGCCACGCGGGAGGUUGCACAGGCGAAAGAGGCAGCCGCGGAGACUGAGAAGAAGUUCCAGGCCGCUCUGAAUCUGGCCCAGAAGGAGAAGCAAGAUCUUCUUACCAAAGGUGGCCUCAGUGGAGAAGCACGGGAUCUCCUUUGUCCCUGCUGCUGCCCCGGCUGCAGUCCCUGAGGGCCGCCCAUGACUACUGUCGGGGGGGCGUAGGGGAGGUUUUUGACGACAAGCUGCAGGUGAAAAAACGCAAGGAGCGCCUGGCCCAUGGGGUGCAGCUUUUGCGACAAAAGUCGUUUGGUGCCGAGUGGAUGCUUGACUUGGCUGAAGAUAGCUUCGCGAAAGGGUACUACCUAGGCGUGAAGGGCAUGAAGCAGAUCCUCCCUCUGGUCGGUUGUCCAUCCUUCAACGUGGAUGAUCAUACGGAGAACCAGGAGCUCCAGAGGGUCGUUGCCAAAGUUGACCAGGACUUGAGGCGGGCUGAGGCUGAGCAGAAUGGAGAGGUCCCUGAGCCUCCUUCUCCUGAGGUUAGCUCUGAUGAGGAAGACGAGGAACCGGACUCCUCCGCUCGGCGUUCCCCUGCCCAUGGCUUUCUAGGGUGAUUCCUUUCCCUUUCUCAUAUGUUUUCAUCUUAUGUUUCUGGCCAAUAGUGCCGAAGAAUAACAUCUGGUUUUGCUCAUUGCUUGUUUGGUGAUUAUUGUUUGAUCUUUUCUCGCCGCUCGUAUCCUUUAUUGCUUCGUGUUUGACAUUUUUGGGGAUGGGGGCGUUCGCUUAUCCCCACAUGUACCUUCCCCUUUUUCAACGACGGGUCGUAUUGCAUGACGUCCGUCGUUCGGGGUUGUGACCUGAUGGUCAUGACGACGUCCGUCUCCCUGCUGCAGGGAAAGAAUCCCUACACGUGCACUUAGCUGGCACGGGUAACGAAGUGUCAUGCCUGCCGCAGAAUAUACCAAACGGCUUGCCACGUGUCCCUCCUUGGUUGAGGGGGACCGCCAGUGAUGCCUAUAAGUACUCCGUUUUUCAAAGGGAGUUGUCAUGCUUCCUUCCUAUAAGUACCAAACACGAAAAGAUUGCUUUCUCUUUCUAAACCCUCUUGCUCUCCCUUGUGAGUUCUCGCUCUCCUUCCGUACGUUACCAUGACCUCUAUUACCCCCACAUCAUCUUCCCAUAGGCGUUCUGAGGGGUCGUCUGACGAUGGCUGUAACUCUGGUGAUGACCUCACGGUUUACAAACGUGGGAUGCCUCCUCGGCCUCCCCGUUACACUCUUAAUUUCAACAACGUUCAACAUCAACGCCAACGUCUGCUUUCUCGUGAGAGGGGCUUGAUUCCCCAGUUGUUCCCUCCCCCACGAGGCUGGGACGUACGGUCCAUCCGUCAUCCCAUGCAGCAUUUACCUGGCCAUGUGGUUGUCCACCUGGAUUCCGUGCUCGCCGGGUUUCUUUUCCCUUUACAAUCUUUCCAUAUUUCUUUGUUUAGGGGUCUUGGCAUCGCCCCGGCGCAGCUCGUCCCGAACUCCCAUCAGAUCGUAGCCGGUUUCAUUAUCCGCUGCCAUGACGCGGGAGUCGUUCCUUCUGUGAAGUUGUUUAUGCAUUUCUUCCGGCUUUCCUCCAAUGGGCAAACGGGUUAUCUUAACCCCGUGGCCCGUCCAUGGAGAAUCCUCUUCUUCAACAACCCCUGAGUCCGAAUGGCUGGGAGGAGAGGCUCUUUUUCGCCGAGGUUGGGUCCCCUUUUCCCUUCUCUGACCGGUGGAACGCCUACCCGGUCAAGUUCGAGCCUCCGAUCUUGAGUUCGGCCGAACUGAAACAAACCGCUUGUAUUGCCGACUCGGGGGUUCAAAACCUGCGGCUGCUUGUGAACGUUGCCAAUCUGAACAAGGCUGGUAUAGGUACGUCUCUAUCACAGCUCGGGCUUUAACCAUGUAUCCUUGAGGAGCUAGCUGAUGAUUCUUAUGUCAAGGGGAUGAUCGGCCUCGUGGCGGGCAAUCUCCUGGUUCUUGAGCGUUACCUCCCUGCUCCCUUUGAUCCUGAAGUCGUUGGGCUUAAUGCUUCGUUCAUCGAGGCUUAUAAAGGGGCUCUGAAGCUCCUCCAAAAGCAAUCGCUGAGGGAAAAGGGGGAGAAGGGUGGCCCUUCCUCUUAGUCGGGGGAGUGUGUCAAGUUUGCAGCCCUGUUGACCUUCUGAACUCAAUUAACUGCUCCCUAAUCAUCCCGCCAUGAACAAUCCCUCUGGUCGGAUCCUGGUGAGACUUGUAGGGACCAGGGCGUACCCCCUAACUUGGGCAAUAGAACAUGACAGCUUUCACUGUUGGCAUUUGAUUUCACUCCGAACUCGUGUAUGACAUGUAUUUUUCCGGCCGGUAGAGCCGAUUAAUAAGACAUAGUGCUUUAUUUAUUAUGAUCGCCUUUCAUUCUUCCGAUGUUGUAAUCCUUUUUUCGUCAUCCGUUCGUCGUAUCUGCCCUUUUUAGCCCGGUCCCUUAGAUCCUGAGCUGAACCAGAUCGAUAUAAUUGGUGCGGAACGGGUAUGUCCCCUUUAGGGGUUCCCUGAUUCUUUGCUCUGUCAUCCGUUCGUCGUAUCUACCCUUUUUAGCCCGAUCCCUUAGAUCCUGCGCUGAACCAGAUCAAUGUAAUUGGUGAGGAACGGUAUUAUCCCCUUUGGGGAUUCCCUGAUUCUUUGCUCCAUCAUCCAUUCGUCGUACCCGCCCUUUAGACCGGUCCUUUGGAUCCUGAGCUUGAGCUAAGUCGUCGUAGCUGGUGAGGAAUGGUGUUAUCCCCUUUAGGGAUUACCUGAUUCUAUGCUCCGUCAUCCGUUCGCCGUACCCGCCCUUUAGCCCUGUCCUUUGGAUCCUGAGCUUGAGCUAAGUCGCCGUAAUCGGUGAGGAGCGGGUUUAUCCCCUUUGGGGAUUCCCCAGAUUCUUUGCUCCGUCAUCCGUUCGUCGUACCCGCCCUUUAGCCCGAUCCUUUGGAUCCUGAGCUUGAGCUAAGUAGCCGUAAUCGGUGAAGAGCGGGUUUAUCCCCUUUGGGGAUUCCCCAACCCUUUUUUUGGGCUUUUUCUUCGUUUCGCCACCCGCUCGUUGUACCUGAUCUUAGCCUGGUCCUUGGGAUCCUGGGCUGAGCUCGGCCGCGAUUUUGGUGGGAAACGGGUUUAUCCGUUUGAGGAUUCCACAGUUCUUCGUUUCGCCACCCGCUCGUCGUACCUGCUAUUGGCCUGGUCCUUUGGAUCUUGGGCUGAGCUCGGCCGCGAUUUUGAUGGGAAACAAGUUUAUCCUUUUGAGGAUUCCCCAAGUUCUUCGUUUCGCCACCCGCUUGUCGUACCUGCUUUUGGUUUGGUCCUUUGGAUCCUAGGCUGAGCUCAGCCGCAAUUUUGAUGGGAAACGGGUUUAUCUGUUUGAGGAUUCCCCAGUUCUUCGUUUCGCCACCCGCUCGUCGUACCUGCUCUUGGCCUGGUCCUUUGGUCUUGGGCUGAGCUCGGCCGCGCUUUUGAUGGGAAACGGAUUUAUCCUUUUGAGAAUUCCCCAGUUCUUCGUUUCGCCACCCGCUCAUCGUACCUGCUCUUGGCCUGGUCCUUUGGAUCCUGGGCUGAGCUCGGCCACGAUUUUGAUGGGAAACGGGUUUAUCCUUUUGAGGAUUCCCCAGUUCUUCGAUAGUUAUGUCUCCCUCUUCCCCUUUUUUGGGUGGAAGGAAUUUGAGUGAGUUAUUGAUAGAACUUCUUCAGAUGUUCUACGUUCCAUGUGCCAAUGAAACGUCCUUCCAUGGUUUGGAGGAGGAACGUCCCCAUGGCAAACUUCUUGUAGACCCUGUACGGCCCUUCCAAGUUCUUGGCCAUUGUGCCGCCUUCAAGCGGCUUACUCUUCUCUUGUUUCCAAAGUACUAGGUCCCCGACCUCGAUCUUCCUGACUUUGACUGCCUUGUUGAAAUACCUUUCGGUGGCUCGAUGGUAUUCCUCCAUGCGUCGUGCGGUUAGGUCUCUCCUUUCCUCAAUGAAGUGCAGCUCGGCCCGUAGGUUCUCCUCGUUCCGUUCUGGCUAGAAGUGUAUCGCCCGGUGUGUAGGCACGAGUACCUCGGUGGGGACUUUGGCCUGGAACCUUUAUGUCAGUGCGAAAGAAGUUUCCCCGGUCGAUGUCCUCGGGGUCGUCCUGUAACGUCCAUAAGAUGUAAUUCAGCCGCUCCGGCCAGGUUGAGGAAUAGUCUUCCAAUUUUUCCUUGAUACCGUCCAUGAUGGUCCGGUUCAUGUUUUCUACUUGGUCGUUGGCCUGCGGGUAUGCAACCGAAGCCUUGGAGUGUCUGAUGCCCCAUUUGGCUAGGUACACUUCGAAACCUUUGCCGACGAACUGUCGGCCGUUGUCUGUAAUGAUCUGCUCGGGGAUACCGAAUCGGCAUAAGAUGUUCUGUCAAACGAAACGCUGGCACUGGAAUUCUGUGAUAUUCGCCAAGGGCUCGACCUCUACCCAUUUGGUGAAGUAAUCGAUGGCCAGAAUUAUAAACUUCUUGCCACCGGUCGUCCUCGUUAGAGGUCCUAACAAAUAUAUCCCUCAUCUCGCGAAGGGCAAAGCGACGGUCAUCGGUGUAUAGAAGCUAUCUGGCCUUCCCGGCAUGGGUGCGUACUGCUAGCACAUUGCACACUUCUGGGUGUGGUUGAAGCAAUCCCGUUGGAUGGUCGGCCAGUAGUACCCCUGCAGGAUGAUCUUCCUUGCUAAUGUCCGCGGUCACUGGUGGCUGGAGCAGAUUCCUUCGUGAAUUUCUUCCAGGACCGCUGCUGCUAGGUUCGGUGGUAAGGAUCUGAGGUAAGGAUCGCCGAACGUUUUCUCGUAUAGCUCCCCAUCGAUAAGUUCGAAGCUCAGGGCUCGUCUCUUUAUCCACGGGGCCUUUCCGGAGGUUCGUCCAUCUUUAUCCAGGGGGAGAGUUCCGUCCCUGAGACAAUCGGCUACCUCCUUUGCCCAAUUUGGUUCUGCAAAAGAAAUAGCGUGUACCUGGAUAGUUUCUGUUGUCGGGCGGAGGAGCACGUCAUGUCUGGCAAAGCCUCUGACGUGUUUGGGGAUGAGCGUCGCCUGAUCCUCGGAUAGAGGAUUGCCUAGCUUGGAUAGGAUAUCGGUCUCAGCAUUCUCUACCCGGGAUACCAGAUCGAUGAUCACCUGCUCAAAUUGCGCAGUUUGCUCCUCUGCCAGUUCUUUGAAAGCCUUCAUCCGUUCUUCCCUUGUUUCUGCAGUGUCAUUCAUAUGUGUGACGCAACUGGCUAUCCAUCCUUACCUUCAGACGAGCUACUCCGAGGGCCCUUGCGUAUUUCAUACCCUUCAAUAAGCGCCUCGUACUCAGCCUCGUUGUUGAUAACCUUGAAAUCAAACUUCAUAGAGUAGUAGGCCUUGAAGCCUUCGAGGGAAGUGAUGACCGCACCCCCCCACAUCCUUUGGCGCUAGAUGCCCCAUCGGUGUACAUCUCCCACCAAUUGUCAAAAUCAUCUCCGCCAGGAGUCCCAUUCUCAGUGCGGGCCGUGCAUUCGGCGAUGAAAUCUGCCAGUGUUUGCCCCUUGAUCGUCGGCCUUGGCUUGAAUUCCACAUUAUACUGCCCGAUCAUCAAGGACCACUUGGUAAUCCUCCCACUCGUAGGGCAGAGCACGGGUCGGGUUCGAGCGGGUCGAGUUCAAAAAUGGUAAACCCGUUCGGGUAUCGGAUUGAUAAUUUCAAACCCUACCCUAUCAAAAAAAUUAUCGGGUUUUUUCGGGUUGAAAAAAUUCGGGUGGCGGUCGGGUUGAUACGGUUUUCGGGUCCAUUCGGAUUGUAAUUUAUUAUUGUUGAAAUUGUGAUAAACAAAAUGGUAAUUGGUAAAAAUAUCAUUCAAAGUUAUACUAGUACUAGUAUAACAUUCAAAGUAAUAGUUGUAUAAAUACAGUAAUAGACAUAUUUGAACAUGUAAAAUAAUAAUAUACGCUGAUUGAUAUAUUUGACAUUGUGAUAAAUAAAAUGAUAAUUGGUCAAAAUAGCAUUCAAAGUCAUAACAAUACAACACUCAAAGUUAUAGUUGUACAAAUACGGUAAUUGGAAUAUUUGAACAUGCAUAAUAUGGUAAUUGGCAUAUAAUAAUUGAGAUAUUUGAACAUGCAUAAUAAUUCAAAGUAGUAUAUAUACUACGCUAGUUCGGUUUUUCGGGCGGGUCGGGUAGCAUAAUUGGUAACCCUACCCACUACCCACUUAAGUCUCGGGUUGCAAGAAUCGGAUCGGAUUUGGGUAUUUCAGGUCGGGUUUUCCGACCCCAACUAAAAAAUCGGAUAUAUCUGAUCGGGUCAAACGUGUAGGAUCGGGUUUGCUCUCCCUUACCCACUCGCCAUAGGAUUUCUGAGGAUGGUGGCGAGGGGCUGAGUUGUGAACACCGUCACCGGGUGUGCCUGGAAGUACGGUGCCAAGCGUUUGAUUGAUGCGAUCAAAGCGAGGACCGUCUUCUCCAUCAGUGUGUAUCUUGUCUCUAGGUCGUUCAGCGCCUUGCUCACAAAAUAUAUCGAUCGUUGAACGCCCUUUACUUCUUUCAACAGAACAGAGCUCACUGCCAGGUCGGCCACAGUCAAAUACAUGUACAACUGCUCCCCGGGAUCCACCUUGGUGAGGACGAGCGGCGAGGAGAGGUACGUCUUGAAGUCUUCAAAUGUUGUCUGGCAUUCCGGGGUCCACUCAAGAGGGUUGACCUUCUUCAUGAUUUGAAAAAAGGGAAUUGUCCGGUCUGUCAACUUCGACAUGAACCGGCUCAGAGCUGCCAGACGCCCGGUGAGCCUCUGUACGUCCUUCAAGUUCCUGGGUGCCUCCAUGUCCAUGAUGGAUUUUACCUUCUCUGGGUUAGGCUCAAUUCCCCGUUCACUCAUCAUGUAACCAAGGAAUUCCCCCCCCCCCCCCCCCCCGACGGCAAAGGCACAUUUUUCAGAUUCAAUCUCAUGUUCACCCCUUCCAUGAUAGUGAAGACCUUCUCCAUGUCUUGGAUGUGGUUCUCCUUCUUCUUGCUUUUGAUCAGGAUAUCAUCCACGUAGGCCUCCAUGAUUUUGCCAAGGACUUCCUUGAACAAUAUCCCGAUCAUCCUCUGGAAGGUCGCCAUCGCGUUCCUCAGGCCGAACGGCAUGACCACGUAGCAGUACACCCUGUCCGACGUGACAAAUGCAGUCUUCUCAGCGUCGUCCGGAUGCAUGAACACUUGGUGAUAUCCUCUGAAGGCAUCCAUGAAACUGAGCAGUUCACACCAUGCAGUCUUAUCCACCAACAGAGAUCUAUCCUCGGUACGGGAUAAGGAUCCAUUGGGCAAGCUUUAUUGAGGUCGGAGUUGUUGACGCACAUUCGCCAUGUGGGCGCUUUGGGUGCCAAAACGACAUUAAACAGCCACUCCACGUGCAUAACUGGUCGGACAUGGCGUAUGUUGAGCAAGGUGGUGACCUCCACUUUAAUGAAGUCCCUCUGUUCGGCCGCCAUAUAUCUCUUCUUCUGUUGGAUGGGCCUGGCAUCCGGCCGGACGGCCAGCUUGUGGCAGAUAAUCUGCGGGUCAAUCCCCGGCAUGUCCUUUGGUCCUCUGGCAAACAAGAUCUUGAACCUUCGGAGAACAAGGAUCACGCCUUCUUGGAUCUCAGGCUCCAAUCCAGUCCCAAUGGAUACCAUCCGGUCGGAAGGAUCAUCAAGUUCUAUCUCCUCAAGCAGCGUUGCCGGCUCUGGCCGGGAUAAGGCAUCUUCCCGUCGAGCGGUCUCAGCGAUGUUGACCCUCAUACCUCGGUCGAUCAUCUUUUUCACGACCUCUUUGUAGCAGGCUCUUGCGGUGUCUAGGUCCGUACGGGCCACCCCUACCCCCGUCUCCGUGGGGAAUUUGAUGCAGGAAUGCCGUACGGAGUAGAUAGUCUUCAGGUCUUCCAAACCUGGUCUUCCAUGAAUGGCAUUGUGGGCACACUUUAGCCGCACGACCACAAAUGUCAUAGGGAUCGCCGCACGGUGCUCCCCAUCUCCAAUUUCUACCGGCAGGACAAUUGUCCCUUCGGCCUCAAUGUUGUGACCGGUGAACCCAGCCAAGGGCGUUCGCAGGGGGUCAGCUCAGCUCUGCUCAGAUGCAUUCUUUCGAAAACGUCCCAGUACAGGACGUUGAUGUUGCUGUCUGUGUCAACCAGGACUCGCCGAAUGAUCCAAUCCCUGAAGUCCAUGCUAAUCACCAGCUUGUCCCUGUGGGGCCCCGGUGAUUUAAGUAAAUCUGUCGGACCGAAUACAAUAGGCUCGGCCCUGUGCUUCUUAGCGGGAGGUGCGGAUAUGGAAUUGAUUUGGAGGGCCCUUUCGAACAUCUUCCUCUCUGCUGGGGUGUCCCCGGUCUCUGCACCUACGAAGAUCAUCUCGAUCUCCAACUUCUUUCUGGAACCGAUCGGCCCGAGAGACGUUUCGGGUCGCUUAUCACCGUGACGAAAAUCCACGUCCUUGACCUCAGCCUCCCGCCGAUCGUCCCGACGCCAGCUGUUGAGCUUCCGGUGAGGUUGUGAGUGACCUUGAGGGGGUGCCCUUGCAGUGAAUUCCCCGAGGUAACCCCUUUUGAUGAGAUCCUUGAUGGCGAACUUCAAGCGGUUGCAGUCAUCCGUAUUGUGCCCGGGCUUCCAGUGAUACUCGCAAUAGGCCUCCAUGUCUUGACCCAUUGUCUGCCCCAGCAUGUUCUUGUGCACCCCAAGGAACGUAACUGUCAACCAUCUUCUUCUUCUUCUGUGUGGGAGAAUUCUCUGGCCCGAGACCCAGUCGGUCAGCCACUUUGCGUGUUGAAGGGGUUACAACCCCAUCCCGCUGAGCAAUCUCCUCCUCGAUUGCAGUGAAUUUUUGUGCCCUAACAAGUACCUCGACGUAAUUAUUUUCGGGGUUCCUCUUCAGAUCCUGGUAGAGAUCCCCGGUUGUGAGUGCAUUGGUGAAGAGGGUGAUGUUGGUGCCCCCGGGAGGUCCUCCACCUUCAAGGAGUUGUUCAAAACCAUCGAUGGAUUCGGGCCUGAGCUGCCCGAACCAUUCCUGUGUUGGCCCUCUGAGGGUGCUGAAGAACAACCUGCAAGGGCCGGCCCAUCAACCCAUUAGGGCCUCCAACGAACGUCCCCAGAAGGCCCACGAGGACCUCCUACGAACGUCUUGUUGGAGGCCCAAGACAAUGGGUUACCUGUCCG